AUGAGAACACAUUCCAGGCAGAGCCGAUCCUGUGCAGCGGGACAAUAAGGGGUGGGACAAAGCUGUGCACUAUUUAAACAUGUUUUAUCUAGCAUUUAGAUCAAGCGCAUUGACAACCACUGAAAACCUUCAUACUUAAGUGGUAGAAGACUUUAAGAGGUUCUCAGAGCGGAAGGAGUCUGGUCUGGUCACAAACCAACGACGGUGUUGUCGGUUUAUCAGCUCAGAUUUGAACCGAGAUGAGAUAGGUCUUGGUCGUCAGGGCAUAACUGCCUAACUUUUUUUUAAAGCUUCACUUUUUCCGCAAGCGUAAGUUGCUUAGUUGUUAAACGCUUGGUUAGUUUUUAGUUUUGAGAGCAAAGAGGAAACGCUGCGGGCAAACUUUUACCAGAGAAGGCGGCUGGUCGUCACCGGAGCAGGAAAGGAUGUGGACAUCUGCAACUGAGACGAAAACUAACACGGUUUACUCCACUCUCUGGAAAUGGAGCCAGCUGUGUUUUAAACUCACCUUCUUUUGACUUUAAAUACGUUGGCCACGGAGGGAUACUAGGAGCGAACUUUGAUAUGGGAGACGUGCAGCGUUUACGUCUGUUAAGAUAAUAGGCGUGAAGAUAACAGGUCAUGAUGGAAGUCACAUGGGAUCUUUCCAGGGUGCUGCCGUUGUAGGUGUAUGACAUCAGAGAUGGGAAGUUCUGCUGUGCUUACAGUGGUGCUGCUCGGGGCGUUUCUGUGGAUCUCUGCUGUCCAUGCAGAUGAAGAUGGGAAGCAUCUGUGUAGAUGCAAGAAUGAAAAAGGCACAUGUGUGAAUGGAACUUGCAGAGGCGACUACUGCUUCUACUCCUGGUUGAAUAACCGAGAGGAUUUUGGCUGUUUCCCCAAAAACUAUUACAGAGAGCAGUGUUACGCCGCUUUGGAACGCUUAUAUAUGUCCUGCUGCAGAGGGAAUUAUUGCAACGCCUAUUUCACACCACCUCCAAUGAUAAAUGGAGAGUCAGAAAAUACAUCUCGCCCGGAGCUGUGGAUCACGUUGUCUUUGCUCCUGUUGAUCACGACUGCCAGCGUGUGUGGCCUGGUGCUGUUCCUGCGCUUCCGCCGUGCACACGGUAGACUGAAAAAUCUUGAAGACCAUGAUGUCACCAUGCUCAAGGUCCCAAAUGGAGAUGACCCCACAUACAACUCUCAGGAUAUCUUUGAUGAGUUUUGUACAUCAGGGAGUGGGACAGGACUGCCCUAUCUGGUCCAAAGGACUAUGGCCAGACAGAUCUCACUGGUCCAGUGUGUCGGUAAAGGCAGGUAUGGCGAGGUGUGGAGGGGAACUUGGAUGGGGGAGAGUGUGGCUGUCAAGAUCUUUUCCUCUAGGGACGAGCAGUCCUGGUUCAGAGAGACAGAGAUCUACAACACUGUACAGCUCCGACACGACAACAUCCUGGGUUUUAUAGCCUCUGACAUGACAUCCAAGAACUCCAGCACCCAGCUGUGGCUCGUCACCCACUUUCAUGAGCUGGGUUCACUCUAUGACUUCCUGCAGUACAGCAGCUUGGAGCCUGAGAGCUGCCUGAGGAUGUGCCUGUCUGUGGCCUGCGGUCUGGUCCACCUGCACACUGAGAUUGUCAGCGCACAGGAAAAACCAGCUAUCGCCCACAGAGACCUGAAAAGCCGAAAUAUCCUGGUAAAGCGGAAUGGGCAGUGCUGCAUCGCUGACUUAGGUUUGUCUGUGAUACACUCUCAGUCUCAUGACUACCUCGAUGUGGGAAACAACCCUCGUGUUGGUACCAAGCGCUACAUGGCCCCUGAAGUCCUGGAUGAGACUAUUCGUAUGGACAUUUUCGAGUCCUACAAGCAAACUGAUAUCUGGGCCCUGGGCCUGGUCUUCUGGGAAAUUAGCCGCAGGACCAUUGUCAAUGGGAUUGUGGAGGAGUACCGCCCUCCCUUCUUUGACCUGGUGCCUGUAGAUCCCAGCUUUGAGGAGAUGAAGAAAGUGGUGUGUGUGGAUCAGCAGAGGCCCAGUCUCCACAACAGGCUCCAUUCCCAUCCUAUCCUGACGGCCAUUGUGAAGAUCAUGAAGGAGUGUUGGUACCAGAGCCCAUCAGCCCGCCUCACUGCCCUGCGGGUGAGGAAGACGCUCUCCAAACUCGACCAUGACAGUGACUUCAGCAUUGAGAAACUCAAGCAGGACAUCUAGUCCAGAAAGUCUGGAGUAAAAGGGGACAAACAAUUGAAAACUCCUGUAGGGAAAAUGCUAUGCAAUCCAACAGCACAAGGUGCAUAUCAUUAGCAUCAUUUCAGGAUAAUGACUCACAGUCGCUGCAUUAUAUUGAAACCAUAUGACUUUAAACAGUCAUGUCUAGACUGGCUCCCCAGGCUAUCCUUUGUGGCCUAAUUUUCAUCUGCCAUUUCUCUGGUGCCUCAAACCAAAAGUGCGCAACAAGAAAAAAUAUUGGGACAUUUUAUAUUACUUUAUCAUAUUCAGCUAAUUAAUCAUUUAAAGCCGAAUAAUAAAAAACUAGAAAUCAUAGUCUGUUUCACACACAUUUUAUUCAUAAUUGUCUAAAUCCCCUCUGGGCAGGACACAGAGGGAAAUCUGGUUUUGCACAAUUACUUAUCAGUUUAUCAACAAAAGGAGGAGAAUGUCAUCGUGGACUUUCUCUGAAAUACCUUCAUAUUGCACAAAUGGGUUUUUCCAUAGAUGAUCAAAGCCAAAAAAAACAUAAGGGCCUUGUUUAUGAGAAAUGAAUGAAAUAAAUGUAAGUAAAAAAAUACCUAAACACAUGACCUGUUAUACCGGUAUCACAUUUAACUUAUAUAAAAUAAGCAUUUAUUAUCUGCACAAGGGCACAUUGAGCUAUUUAGUUGUACAUAUUCUAACUGCAUUGAAGCUGUUGCCUUCUUUCUCCUUUGGAUUACUUCUUUUCUUUCUAUUAUUGAGAAAUGAGACACUUUUUAUAUACUUUUAUACAAAAAGAAAAACAUACAUUACUAUUAUCAGUAAAUAAAUUCACAAACAGAUAUGUAAUAUUGUAUAUGUUGAAUAAAGGAUUGUAUUUUUCAA